CACACUAAAAGUUCGGUCCUGCUUGCCUUAAGCUGCAGAAUUGCUCAUAUUGCUGUCACUUCUACCCUGUACACCAGACAGAGCAGUCACUUCAUUUUGCAUUUCACACUUCACACAAAGCCAGUGUUUACCAAACACUGUUUGGCUUCUCAUGCAGCUGAGCACUCCCAUGUUCCUGCUCUCCCACCACAUCCCACACCCACACAGCAAGUCCCCCAGGAAACAACAUGAGACAGUUUUCUAGCUCUAGAAGUGUUUGCUGGAGUGUGCAGAGAUGCAGGUUGUACAGCUCUGGCUUUGGUGAUUUUAAGACAACUGGCCCUGGCCUUUCAUCAAAGGUGAACAUUACUCUGCAGCRUAAUCCUCUYGGUUGCUUCCAGGUUAUCCGGUGCAGGGCUGCUGUUGCCUGGGCCCCCCGCCAACCGCUCUCUGUUGAGGAGGUGGAAGUUGCACCUCCAAAGGCAGGGGAAGUCCGGAUUAAGAUUGUGGCCACAGGCAUCUGUCACUCAGAUGAACACAUUUUGAAAGGUUCCUUGCUUAAUGUGGAAUUCCCAGUUAUCCUAGGCCAUGAAGGAGCUGGGAUUGUGGAAAGCAUUGGAGAAGGAGUGACCUCUGUGAAACCAGGAGACAAAGUCAUCCCACUUUGCAUCCCUCAGUGUGGGAAAUGCAGCUUCUGCCUGAAUCCUGAAUCCAACCUCUGCCAGAAGUUCCAUCUUUGUGAAUCACAAAACCUGCUGCCAGACAAGACCAGCCGCUUCUCUUGCAAAGGGAAGCAGAUCCACCACUUCCUGUGGGUCAGCACCUUUGCAGAAUACACCGUGGUCCCAGACUUUGGCCUCGGAGGAGUUGGCCUCUCUGUUGUCAUGGGCUGCAAGGUGGCUGGAGCUUCCCGCAUCAUUGCCGUGGACAUCAACAAGGACAAGUUUGCCAAGGCCAAGCAGCUGGGAGCCACCGACUGCAUCAACCCUCAGGACUUCAAGAAACCCAUCCAGGAGGUGCUCACUGAGAUGACCGGGCAGGGMGUGGACUACUCCUUUGAAGUCAUCGGGAAAGCAGAAACCAUGGUUGCUGCCUUGGCUUCCUGCAAUAUG